CAUGGCUCGCUUCACUGCUCGCUUCACCUUGCGUAGUCAAGGUCAUUACAUGGGGUUGUGUGUGUAGGACUCCACGGACCUACUCGCUGGAACAAUGGUCCUUGAGCAGUGAGCAGGGUUGACUGAAAGAGAGAGAGGGAGAGACAAAGCGAGAAAGAGAGAAGAGAGAAAGCGAAAGAUUCUUCUGGCUAUCUGCUCCAGAAUAAUGUUUAAAUUACACCUCCGUUAAAGAGACCCUCAGUGAGUUCUAUUUCACUGGAGGACUGACUGGGGAUUCAAGAUCAGACGAAGCCUGCUGUGUUCCCUAGCUGUCUGUACUGCUGUUUAGCGAGAAGUAGAGCUGUGUAGGAUUGAGCAGAACAACGUGUGACCACGUAGAACAGUCUAGGGCUGUGUGUAGGGCUGUAUCAGCAGGGCACAAGGGCUGUGUUGGGCUGGCAGAGGUAGGGCUCUCCCAUGGCCUACCCUCAGUGCCCAGCCCCUGGGUCCUACACCAUGGUCAUCAUCCCUCUCCGGAGCAGCCUCUACAGUCUUGACGCCCUACGCUUCUACCUAUGGAUUAAGAGGCUAAAGAACUUGGAGAGGGAGCAGGACUCUCUGUGGACCGGGCUGCAGGUUCUGGAGCGAGCCCGACUAUGGUACCGUCAUAGACUGGAGAACAACAGAUCCAGGCAGGCUAACGUGCGCACCGGGGCUGGAGCUAGGGCAGAGGUGUGGGGAGGAGAGGGGGUGUCAUCGUGCCUCCUGCGGUCUCAGAUCCAGAGGGUGAAUGGAUCUCUGGGUAGUCUGAUGAUUGAGCCCAACGUAACCAGCUGUCCCUCCUCUCCGAAGAGGGACGGGGUCAAGGUAUCAGACCAUGAGCUACGGUGGCAGAACACGGUGCUGGUACAGGAGGUGAGCGAGAAGAAUUUUCAAAUUUCCCUGUUGGAGCUGGAGAGAGACCGCCUUUUGCAAGAGCUGAGUGUGCAUCUAGGUGUGGAAGUGUAGUGGGCAUCCUGACUGAGUUAUUUGAGUUUGUACAUUGCCAUCAAGCCCAUUUCACUUUUACCACACAUGAGCGCACAUACGCGACUGAACACCACUUCAUAACUCUUCAACUAAAGUUAUUCCAAUCUUUGUCCGGAUUUCAUUGUCUCUCAUCACUGUAAAUAUGCUUGUAAAAUAAUAAUUCAAUAUACUGUAUGUACAAAGA